AUGACUAAAAGUGAAGAAGAGGUCGCAGCAAACAGCGGUGCUGAUGCUUACUCCUCGUACUCAGAGGCCUUCUCUCUGUCUAGUUCCCAUUUGUCACCAUUCGGUCGUUUUGUAGAUUCGUUCCGUCCAAUUGAUUUGGAAGAUGAUGGUAUUGAUACCACCAACAUGACCGAGAUGGAAAAGUCCAUCUAUGCCACUGCCCGUCAUCCUUUGGCCAGACGUCUUAAGUCCCGUCAUUUGCAAAUGAUUGCCAUUGGUGGUUCCAUUGGUACUGGGUUGUUCGUUGGUUCAGGUUAUGCCUUGGCCAUGGGUGGUCCAGCAGCUGUUCUCAUUGGUUACUCUCUUGUUGGUUACUCCAUUUUCUGUGUUGUGAUGGCCCUUGGUGAACUUUCGGUCCAAUUUCCUGUCUCCGGUUCCUUUAAUGCCUUCUUUUCUCGUUUCAUUGAACCUGCUUGGGGUUAUGUCUUUGGUAUUCUUUACGCUCUUUCUUGGUUGAUUUCCUUCCCAUCUGAAUUAAUCGCUUGUUCUAUGACCAUCCAAUAUUGGAAUACAUCUGUCAACCCUGCAGUAUGGAUCGCCAUCUUUUGGGUAGCCAUUGUUGUGAUUAAUUUCUUUGGUGUUAAAGGUUAUGGUGAAGCUGAAUUUUUCUUUUCCAUCAUUAAGGUCAUUGCAGUGAUUGGGUUCAUUAUCCUUGCCAUUUGUAUCAUCUGUGGUGUUGGUGACCAAGGUUACAUCGGUGGCAAAUAUUGGCAUAAUCCUGGUGCAUUCAACCAUGGAUUCAAAGGGGUUUGUUCUGUUUUCAUUUCGGCUGCUUUCUCCUUUGGAGGUGUUGAAUUGGUUGCUCUUGCUGCCUCCGAAACCGCAAACCCACGUAAAUCUUUACCAAAGGCCACCAAGCAAGUCUUUUGGAGAAUCACCAUCUUUUACUUGUUGACCUCUGUUGUCAUUGGUUGUUUGGUUCCUUACACCGAUGAAAGAUUGCUCAGUGGUUCCUCUUCUGAAGAUAUUACUUCUUCUCCCUUUGUCAUUGCCAUCAACAACGGUGGGAUUAAGGUUGUUCCUCACAUCAUGAACGCAGUUAUCUUGGUUGCUGUGUUGUCCGUCGGUAACUCUUCUGUCUAUGGUUGUUCCAGAACUUUGGCUUCUCUUGCCGUUCAAGGUUUGAUUCCUGGCAUCUUUGGCUACAUUGACAAGGCCGGUCGUCCAAUGUUCUCGAUCUUGUUCACCUCUGCGUUUGGAUUGUUGGGGUUCCUUGUUGCUAGUGCCAACCAAAAUACCGUUUUCACUUGGUUCUUUUCCAUUUGUUCUCUUGCCGCCUUUUUCGUCUGGAUUGGGAUUUGUGUCACUCAUAUUCGUUUCCGUAUGGCUCUUACUGCUCAGGGACGUUCUCUUGAUGAAGUCAUUUUUGUUUCCCCAAUCGGUCUCUUUGGAUCCAUUUCCGGUAGUGUUAUCCUUAUCCUUAUUGUCAUUGGUGAAAUCUGGGUUUCCAUUUGGCCAAUUGAUUCUCCAGCUGACGUUGUAACCUUCUGGCAAAAUUGUCUUUCCUUACCGUUGACGGUGGUGAUGUGGCUUAGUUACAAGGUUUACACCGGAACUUGGUCUUCUCUUUACAUCCCUCUUGCAGACAUUGAUCUUGAUACCGGUAGAAGAGAAGUUGACCUUGAGUUAUUGAAACAAGAAAUCGCCGACCAAAAGGAGGCAUUGCAGAGCAAGCCAUUCUGGUACAGAAUUUACCGUUUCUGGUGUUGA